CUAGGGGUGGGAGAGGGCGGGGUCGACUGCCCGGGGCGGGACGGAGCGUCCCGAAAUUGUCCCGCUUGUGUCCUUUUGGGAAGAAUUUGUUUUAAAAGAGAUUCUGGGGUCCCCUGGUAAGGUAGGACGUCUGUCUCUAUUCGGUAUCACAUUGCCCUCCGUACCCCUGAGGGUUCCCUCAGCGUAAAACGGCAGAUGGUCUAGUCCAGCGGCGGAGUGGAGGGCCGCCCUAGCACGCAUGCGCAGAUGCUCAGCAUGGGGGCGGGCGCCGCAGAGCCCCUUCCCAGGGUCUGAGAAGAUCAUUGCUAGGAAGAAAUCUGGGCACAAUAAUGAACACAGUGUAUGUAGUGACGGCUCGAAUCCUAAGAUCUCAUCUGAUACACGUUUCAAUGAUUCCUCAUCAAAUGAACAUGGGUCCAUAUCUUGGUGUGCUUAGAACUAGAAUGAUGUCAACUUAUAAAUCCAAAAAGAAGAUGAGCGAAUAUUAUAGGCUGCUGAAUCUGGAUGAAGGAUGCUCUGCAGAUGAUGUCAGGGAAUCUUUUCGUAAACUUGCCAAGCAAUAUCAUCCAGACGGUGGCUCUAGUACUGCUGAUUCUGCAACGUUUAUAAGGAUCGAAGAAGCUUAUAGGAAGGUGCUUUCCCACGUGACUGAACAAACAAAUGCCAGGCAGAGUAAAGUUGAAGCGGACGAGGAAGAAGAAGAAAAAUUCAAAUAUAAAACACCCCAACACCGGCAUUAUUUAAGUUUUGAAGGUAUUGGUUUUGGGACGCCAAGUCAACGAGAGAAGCAAUAUAGGCAAUUUAGAGCAGACCGUGCAACUGAGCAAGUGAUGGAAUACCAAAAGCAGAAGCUGCAAAGCCAGUAUUUCACUGACAGUGUAACUGUGAAAGAUGUAAGACACAGUAAACAACAAAAGAUAACUCAAGCAAUAGAGCGUUUAGUGGAGGAUCUCAUUCAGGAAUCGAUGGCCAAAGGAGACUUUGACAAUCUCAGCGGGAAGGGGAAACCUCUAACAAAGUUUUCUGGCUGUUCAUAUAUUGAUCCCAUGACUCACAACCUGAACAGAAUAUUAAUAGAUAAUGGAUAUCAACCGGAAUGGAUCCUAAUGCAAAAGGAAAUCAAGGAUACUAUUGAGGAACUCAGAGAGGCAAUUUUAGCAUCGAGGAAAAAACUGGGGAGUCCCAUGUCACCAACUGAACAGAAACAGUGGAACCAGGUUUGUGAACAGUUUCAAGAAAACGUCAGAAAACUAAACAAGCGAAUUAAUGAUUUUAAUUUAAUUGUUCCCCUGCUGACCAGGCAAAAAGUCCAUUUUGAUGCACAGAAAGAAAUUGCCAGAGCCCAGGAAACCUAUGAGACCCUGCUAAAGACAAAAGAAAUCACAGAUAAAAACCCAGAUGUCAUCCAUCAGAGUGAAGGGGAGGAAACAGCUAGAGCCAAGACAGGUUUCUUUAACUGGAUGAAUGUGUGGAGAUUUAUUAAAAUCUGACCAUCUCGGUGUUCACAGCACUGCUCCAAAUCAUUUUCAGUAAUGCUGACAUCACACGGGCUGAAAUUUAUUUCUAUAACACAAGGGUUUGAGAACUGUGCGCCCCUGCACUUUUCACGAAAAUAAUCACAUCUUCAGUGAUGUGUAAGUGAGAGAACUGUGAGAAACUGAGUCAGAGAAAUGUUCAGCCAGCUUUGUUCUGAGGAUAUGGCAAGACGAGAGGAGAACAUACUUUUAAGGAAACAAUUUCAUACAUUUCAGAGGGUGAAUGUCAGUCAUCAAGUGAAUGGAUUUAGGACAGGGACUCAGACUGGGAAUCAUAAAGGGUAGUCCAAAGUCUUAGUGCAGUUUGAGGCCCUAAUAAAUUCACAGCCGUUGCUGUUUGCCCUCUUUAAACAUAGGUACUUCAACAGCAACAACUAAACAUGUAUUAGGAAAAAUCACAAAAUGAAAGAAGCAUGGAAUAAGGGCAAGUCAACCUCCAAAUGAGGUAUGUAUUUUGCAAGUUUGCUGCAUUUAUACACCUGAGGUUAUUAAAGCACAAAACUGUUCUGAGACUUGGGGGACAUUUUCAGUAGGGUUGGAAAUGGUAAGAUCAGGAAAUUAGGCUGCUUCUCUUCCUCCUUCUCCCCCUCCCCGUCUACCUUCUCCUCCUUCUCCUCCUCCUCCUUUUUAAAAUAAAGGCCUUCUCUGUGGGUACUUAAUGAAAAAAGCCACUAAAUAUCUGGGUGUACUUUUUUCUAACGUCAUGAGCCAUUGGCUGCAUGAAUCCAUCAGCCAAGCUAGCUGAUUUAGCUAUUCUAGAAAUAGACUCCAGUGUCCACUUUUAAAGACUUUGAAUGUAUUUUCUGACCUUUUGGAGGUGGAAAAAAAAAAAAAAAAUCCCUGUGCCCAACAGAAACAAGAUUUCACUUUUGGCUUCAUUUCUAUUUAGAGGUUGAAAUGUUAGAUUUACCUGAACCUACCUGAAGCCUGUCUUUGUUACGUGUCAGAGUCCCCAGAGGCUUUUUUUGUGGUGUGAAAAAUCUGUUUACUGUCUUAGGGAAGGACUUUAUUAAAAAAAGGAGAAGAAGAGUGUGCAGUAACUCCAUUAGACUAAUUUCCUGAUCUUACCAUUUCCAGCCAUAUCCAAUGGCCAGUCUUAGGAACCCUUCGAUAAACAAAGGCAAGAUGUCACAAUUUUAUGCCCACUUGCAUUUUGGCAAAUGACCAGAGAUUGAUAUCCGUGAGAUUGUGUCCCAUCACUUUCAGAAAAUUUGACUUUUUAAGGUCUGUGUAUUUGCCUUAUUCACAGAAUAGGGCAACUGGAAGGAUACGGAGAGCGGUCAAAAGGAGCAGGUCUGUUUCCUUAUUUAAUUCAGAGCUCUCUACUGUGGUUGUGGCUCAGAAGCAUGGCACCUGCCACUCUAAUUUUGGAAGAACGAGUUAUUUUGUAAAGUGUGUGUUAGUUAAAUAAAAUUACGUCUUCAAAAGGA